ACCGCGCACUGCCACUUCAACCUUUCUACCCGACUUCAAAACUUUCUCCUCGCGACGCCAAGCCGCCAACGGAAACUAGUACACAGCAACUUCCCUCUCUUGCUCCGCCGUCUACAGGAUGUUGCGCCACCCUAUCUCCGCAUAAGGCCGUCAACUAUAGUGGUAACUCCAAUAACUCUGCUCAAAGAAUUAAUAUCUGUAAACUUUCAAUUUCCUAGUAAGAAACCCAAAAAUGUGGAAAUUCAGAAGAGGGUUUUCUCUGUUAAACUUCUCUUAUGACUAUUGUUUGGGUGUCCGUGUUAAUUCAAUGAAUUUGGGGAGAACCCAUGUUCCUAAUUUCGUAACUGGUUAUAAACUGUUUAGUCCUGUUGCUGAAAAUCUCAAAUACCCUUUUAGUUUUAGUCAUAAAAUUCAACUUUUUUGCUCUGCUACAUCAGAUUGUUUGAACCUAGAUUCGAAUUCGACUGAAUUAAUUAAUGUUAGUGAUGAAAGUGGUUGUGGCAAUGAUGAAAAUGAUGAGCUUAGUGGGGAAGAUGAUGGUAUUGAAGCUGGGAAAUUAGGUUUUAUAGAUGAGAAACUUAAACAUGAUUUAGGGGUUAUUUUGGAAAUCUUGAGGGGUAGUGGCCCGUCUCAGGGCGAGAAUUCGUGUGAUAAUCCAAGGUUAAUUGGUGGUGCUGAGGUGACCAACAAGCUUAAUCAAUGUGGGAUUUCUCUCACUUCAGAGCUUGUAGUUGAGGUCCUCUCUAGAAUUAGGAAUGAUUGGGAGUUGGCAAUCAUGUUCUUCCUAUGGGCUGGGAAACAGCCGGAUUAUGUACAUUCAGUGAGACAGUACCAUUCGAUUAUAUCAAUCUUGGCGAAGAGGAGGAAAUUUGAUACUGCUUGGUCUUUGAUUGAUGAGAUGAGAAAGGCUGGUAUUGUAAAUCCUAAAACUCUACUGAUUAUGAUUAGAAGAUAUGCUGCAACUCAUGAUGUUGUGAAUGCCAUAAACACUUUCCAUGGUUUUAAAAGGUUUAACUUUCUUGUUGGGGUGGAUGAUUUUCAGAAGCUACUUUCUGCUCUUACUCGAUAUAAGAAUGUUCAGGAAGCUGAGCAGUUGCUCUUCAGUAACAGAAACACAUACCAGUUUAAUACCAAGAGUUUUAACAUCAUCCUGAAUGGGUGGUGCAAUAUUGUAGGUAGUCCUCGUGAGGCUAAUAGAUUCUGGAGGUUGAUGAUUGAAUUGGGAGUAAAACGUGAUGUCUUUUCUUUUUCAAGUAUUAUUUCUUGUUACUCAAAGUUAAACAGGCUGAAGGAAGUCCUCAAAUUGUUCGGCCAGAUGAAGGAAAUGGGUAUUUUACCUGAUAGGAAAGCUUAUAAUUCUAUUAUGCACGCUCUUGCAAAGGAAGGUCGUGCAAAGGAAGCCUUGAAUCUUCUGCAAAUCAUGGAAGAUAAGGGCAUUGCUCCGAAUGUGGUCACUUAUAACUCAUUGAUUAAGCCAUUAUGUAAGGCCAAGAAAAGGGAUGAAGCGCAGAAUGUCUUUGAUGUGAUGCUUAGCCGUGGGUUGAAACCCAGUAUUCGAACUUUUCAUGCAUUCUUGGGCAUUCAGAGGAGUGGAGAAGAGGCAUUUAUGUUGUUGGACAAGAUGAAGGAGUUGGGUUGUCAACCAAAUAAAGAUAGUUAUCUUAUAUUAAUAAGGAAAUUUUGCAGAUGGCAGCAGAUAGAUAUUGUGUUUACCCUGUGGGAUCAGAUGAAGGAGAAUGGUUUGAAUGAUGAUGUAACUUCACAUGUUGCUUUGAUCCAUGGACUAUUUUUGAAUGGAAAGCUGGAAGAAGCACACAAGAUAUAUUCAGAGAUGAAGGAAAAAGAUAUGAAUCCAGAUGUAAAAACAGAGGAAUUGAUCCAGACCUGGUUGUCUAAUAAGCAGAUGGAAUUGGAAACCUCUCAUGUCACAAGUUCAGAAACUAAGUUGGUGGAUAGUGAUCAUGUCCCCGGCAAAACCAAAUCCAUUAGAAAACAGAUUGGUGGAGGAAGUGAUGCUACAGAGCAACCUGAAUUCAGAAAAGUUGUAAAAGAGCGAGGAUUUUCUUUUUGGGAGUAAUAGAUUCUAAUCCCCUAGAUUAUCAAUACUUGCUAGUGACAUAUGAAGAUCAUCAAUCCUGCACCACCAGCUCCUUCUUAUCAUCUUAUGUGUUGCUGGCUGAGAAUUUUUUACUUGUAUGCCAUCUCAUAUUCCGGUUUGUAAAAUCUCUAAUAUGCACGCAGAUGUGCUGUGGUCCUGUCGGGAAUGCAACACAACACAAAUAUCUAAGA